AUGUCUGCAUCAUUACCCAAGAUCAAUCUUAGAAAGUUUUGUGGCGCCAUCGAGAACACCGCGGCGCGGUUCGCGCAUACCGUGUUACUUCCAGAGUCACAAUCCGAAGACUUCGUAUGCCCUAGACCUGUAGUGGAAUCUCUCCAGGAGGUCACAUGGGCGGGAGAGAAGAUGCUUGAAGUGAAAUUCAAGCCGUUAUCGGUUCCAAAAGGACCACCCGGUUUCCGUGUCUGUUUUCCUAGCGGUCGGCCAUUUUUCAUGUCAGAAUUAUAUGCUGAUAUGUCAGAAACUGCGCAGGGAAUCGGUGUCCCGCAUCCAAGAGUGGUCAACUUAUUAGAGAUGGCCUCAAAUUCCCUGGGUCUUGGCACAGAGAUGAUAAUCUUGGAGAUGAUUAACGGGCAAUCGCUGGAUGUUCUGUGGCCGAUUCUUUCAGACGAACAACACGAGGCGAUUUGCGAGGAAAUCGUGAAGGUGCUAGUCAAGAUGUUCAACUUCCGCUCUGAAUAUAUUCACAGUCGAAGGACCCCCUUCCGAUUCGAAUAUCCUCCCUACAACGUACAUUACCCGGACCCAUUGCUUCUUACACCCGCGUUUGAUCAAGGACCCUUACUCUGGAUGGCACCCCAGCGUUACAAGGACACUGUGUUGGAGUACUUCUAUGCGCUGGCGCAGCGUGUUGAUCUUAUAUUCAGCAGACCAUCAGCCGGGGAUGAUGACGAAGGAACCGGCUGGCCUGGCAAGCCAGACCCCACCCUUGAUGAACGGCGACUUAUCCGUGAGACCUGGGCUCGCCUCAAGGCGCUGAUCCCUUACCACACCGGUGGAUUCUACGUGCCGGCCUCCCUGUCUCCCGAGGCGCACGAGCAUCUCAUGACAAUUCUGCAGAGCAAGACGUUCGGAUUAUGCCACAGCGACCUCUCGAUGUCGCGUAUCGUGGUGGAUAUGUCCGGCUCGAGGCCUAAGAUCUACAUUACGGGAUGGGAACACGUCUACUUCGCACCGCUGUGGUCUUGCGCACGUAUCCCGACCUGGAUGCAACCCAAAGCGCGACAGCGGACCCCGCUGCCCAUCACGGUGAAGCAGCAGGAGAAGAUGUCCCGGAUGCUGUACCGCCUGAUGAAGGCGGCCUCGCGCGACUGGGUGUUCGCGUACGCGUAUGGGGAGAUGGAGCGCUACUUCGAGCAGUGUCUCAAUGCCCACUGGAUGUGCCGCGACGGGCUGGAGAUGGCGCUCCGCCAUAUCAAGGCGCGAUGGGAGAAGGCGCGCCCGGACAUCCCUUUUCCUGUCACGCUCCCAGAUCACAUCGAGCACAUAGCUAUCCCCGACGACUUGGAUCCCCGGAGCACGCUAUUUGCCCCGCUUGUACCGGACGGCGGACCCCCGCUGUCUGACCUGGCCUUGCCUCUGCUGUUGCAACCCCCUGCUCCGGCCCCAGUCCGCUCGCCGCGUAACAUAUAUCCUCAAUAUCCGCUGUUAACUCGUGAGCAGGCGGAUCAAGCGUUGGCGUUGGGGAGGAUCGUCGGUGGACGAUCGCAUCCUCAGGUGGUGGCUAGCCAGCCCCCGCCUGACCCGGCGAGGUCUCUACUGCUGCAACCCCUAGCUCCAUGCCAAUAUCAGAUCCACGAGGCCGAUCAGCCGUACCGCUCAUACUACACUAUGCCGCCGCCUGGGAUGGUGGAGGCGGUGAUGAAAUUCGAGGAGUUUAUGAAGAGAGACGGGGAACAACGUCGUGCCGCUUAUCCCAAUGAACUUGCGCCGCCGCCUCUGCCAUCAUCAGGGGACUAUGAAAACUAG